GUCCAGGGCUGAGCUGAACGUCCUCAAUCCAACAUCGAACUCGACCGGGAGAGUCGGGCUCAAAUGUUAGCAGGCGGCAAAUGUUGCAACUCAGGCAAUUGUGCUCUUAGCAAUGGCGCCGCCUGCGAAACGUCGCAAACGAAAGGUCGUGGACGAUUCCGAGGCUGAAGACGAUGAUGGAGCUGGGACAAACAACAAUACGUUGAAGAGGUACCUUCUCUCCUCGCCCGACACGAAAAUGUCAUCGACGACUGCAGGCGGAAGUAGACCUACAACAACAUCUCCAAGUCCAAUACGGAGGAAAAACCUACCCCCAAACACACAAGUGCAUGCCGCGGCAUCGUCCAGAACAACCCGGAGUCAUCUUUUCCAUGCGGCGACCAAAAGCCCGAGCACCAGUCCCGAGAAGUCGAAAACAAGAGCACAAAAGAAGGCUAAGAUCGAGGAGAAAGGAAAGACGGCCGAUCUGCUGACUCUAUUCUCCAAGCAAGCUCAGAAGAACCAGUCGUCAAACGGGAAGAAAGACACAACCCUCGAUCUCGAAGACAUCAUUAGCGAUCCCAUCUCAGAGGACGACGACGUGGCGCUGCACAAGACUGCCGUGUCGAGUAUUGUCGGCAAAAAUGCGCAGAAGAGGUUCAAGGAAAGCUCCCAAUCCGCCCCGGUCGGGAGCUCGGCGUCGACAGGCCAUCGUUUCUUAAAGGCCCCCAACCCCACGAAGGGAAGUACCGUGGACGAUGACCAGCGGCCUUGGUCCGAGAGGUUCGCCCCUCUCAAUCUGGACGAGCUGGCGGUGCAUAAGAAGAAAGUCGCGGAUGUCCGGAAAUGGCUGGAGGAUGUCAUAGGGGGCCGGCUGAGGCAGAGACUCCUGAUUCUGAAGGGCGCGGCGGGCACAGGGAAGACGACAACUAUGCAGCUCCUUGCAAAGGAUAUGAAAUGCGACAUUCUUGAGUGGAGGAAUCCGGCGGGGUCUCUAGGAGCGACGCGUGGGAUACAGUCCGCGUCCGCACAAUUUGAGGAGUUCCUCGGCAGAGGAGGGCAGUUCGGUCAGUUGGACCUGGAUUCUGACUCGGAUUCCCAGCGAAGCGUCCCCAACCGGCUGAAGCAGGAUUCGAGCCGCCGGAGGAUGAUUUUGAUCGAGGAGUUUCCGAACACAUUCAUGCGCUCAUCCAGCGCGCUCACGUCCUUUCGAAACAACAUACUGCAGUUCCUAGCCGCAAAUACGCCAGCGCUGGCCACAUUCGGCCAGCAGCAGGCCGCAGACCCGAUCACACCCAUUAUAAUGAUAAUAUCGGAAACUCUGCUCACCACUACAUCGGCCUCCGCAGACAGCUUCACUGCUCACCGGCUCCUAGGCCCAGAGAUCCUUAGACACCCCGGCGCUGCUGUGAUCGAGUUUAAUGCAAUCGCACCGUCACUUCUCGCGAAGGCCCUGGAACUCGUGGUGGUGAAAGAAGCGAGGAAAUCAGGGCGACGUCGAACACCGGGACCACUUGUGCUGAAGCGCUUGGGCGAAAUAGGCGACAUCCGAAGUGCCAUCUCCUCGCUAGAGUUUCUUUGCGUGAAGGGUGAUGACGAUGCGGACUGGGGUUCCAAGGUUGCUUUCACCAAACCAAAGAGGGGAUCGAAGGAGUCCAUUGCCAUGACGAGAGGGGAGCAGGAGAGUCUGGAGCUGAUAUCUCAGCGAGAAGCAAGCCUCGGGAUUUUCCACGCCGUUGGAAAAGUGGUGUACAACAAACGGGACGAAUUGCCGCCCCCACGCGGAUCACUCAGGGCAUCGGCGGAGGAGUUACCACCGCAUCUAGCGCACAACUCACGGCCGAAGCCUUCGCAAGUCUCGGUGGAUACUCUGAUUGAUGAGACUGGCACGGACACUCACACGUUCAUAUCAGCACUGCAUGAGAACUAUAUUCUCUCGUGUGAACGAUCCGGCCCCAUGGAUCCUCUGUCCUCGAUCGAUUACAUCAAUGGCUGCAUUGGGUACCUCUCUGAGAGUGACCUCCUUUGCCCUUCUUGGGACAUCUUCUUCGGCGGGAGGGGUUUUUCGGGCAUCUCGUAUGACAGGAAUCUGGGCAGCCACAUCCUGCGACAGGAUGAGAUGGCUUUCCAGGUUGCGGUCCGGGGGCUGCUGUUCUCCCUGCCCCACCCGGUGAAGCGGCAGACACCGCACUCUGGCCGGGGCAACGACGCAUUUAAGAUGUUUUAUCCUACGAGCCUGAAGCUGUGGAGGGCCAAGGAGGAGGUGGAAGGUCUGGCGGACAUGUGGGCGACCAAGAUAUUGAAAGGAGAAGACACUGGGCCUGGUCCACCACAGGCCACGUCAAGCCUCACAAAUGGCUCGGCAGCUUUCCGCCGAAAUAAUAAAGGAGGCAGCGUUGAGGACUGGGCGUCGAACCAGAGGUCCCUGAAUUAUGCACCCAGUUCACAAGCCAAGACUGGCGCAAAGGCCGGCGCCCAAGACUCGGCAACCCCACCCCUCCUGUCACUCGGGAACGCGGCCCGCACCGAGAUGCUCCUAGAGCGCCUCCCAUACAUGGCGCACAUCGCCCGGCGGCGCCGCUGCUCCUUCGGGGCCAUGGGGAUCCGCGACCUCGAUAAGCUGGUCUCGUUCCAGGGGAUCGGCAACCCCGACGCCGAGGCCGAUGAGUCCCUCGACGACGAGCAGGAGGAAGCCGGGGGGGCGGGGGCGGCGGGAGCGGCCGAGGCGUGGGCGACGGACAAGCCGACCGAGGAGUCGAGCCCGCGGAAGAGGAGCGGCAUCGGCGCGAUCCUAAGUCGGUCGGGGGGCAAAGGCGGCGGGGGGUCCGUGGCAGGCAGCCUGCCCAUGCAGAGCCUUGUCCUGAGCGAUGAUGAUAUUGAGGAUGACUGAUUGCGGUAUUUCAUGGGCUCGGUCGGAUCUUGCUGGAAAGAUGGAAAGCUAAAGAGCGGCUGUGUCAUAAGAAUGUUCGAGAGAUUUGCCGUUCAGCGGUUGUCUUCCUUGAGGCGUUGGCUGGCGUCACUUGCAAAGGGAAUUUGGGACUGGGCCACCAGUGUGUAUACACAAAACACAAUGCUCAUUCAUACUAAAGUUAAAUAAAGCCAUGCUUCAAUUGUGUUGGACGCACAUAACCCCUAUUUGGAAGCACAUGAUACUGGGUUAUAGAUGGACGCCGACUUAUAAAGAUCCGAAACAGAUGUUCCCCAGUCUUCCUUCAACUGCUCCAUCUCCAGCAGCUUGGUA